UUGACUGAUCCUUUAUCCAUUUCCCUUCGUUUUCUUCAUCCUUCAAUCCCUUGGGAACAUUCCAAUUCCAUAAGAAAACAGAAGAGUGAGAAUGAGUUGGAAGAACUUCCUUUUAUACACAACCUGGUCACUGAUACUUAUGCAGCCUUGUUCAGCGGAAUGGCCCGACUCAGACUCAACACCAACACCAACACCAUGGCCUGAACAAUUCCAUGCACUUCUUUCCACCACACAGGAGUCGGGGCGUCUCCUUGUAUCCGACAUGUGGUAUGACUGGCCGAAAGGCCGCAAUUUCUAUCAGAGGCAGCAGCAGCUCGGGGAUCAUAUUUAUGCGGUGGAGUGGAACAAUAAGACCACCUUCUACUACACACUGGGCAUCAAUGGAACAUGCGAUGCCAUUGAUUUUGGAGUUGGGAUUCCCAGGCCUGAUUUUCUCGAUGGAGCUAAUUAUGUGGGGACUCAACUCAAGGAUGGUUUCCUUUGUAACGUGUGGGAGAAAGUGGAUUUUAUCUGGUACUGUGAAGACGUUGCUACUAAGAGGCCAGUUCGCUGGGAUUUCUCUGCUGGAAUAAUUACACACGUCGUGACAUUUGAAGUUGGUGCAACAGUGCCAGACUCAAUGGUUCAGGCACCGCAGUAUUGUUUCACCGCAAAAAAGAACAAUGUCUAAAGUUCACAUCCUGAAUUCAUAUGACUUUAUCUGAUAUUUUGAACAAUUAUGUGUAAAUUAUAUAUGUCAACUCGUAAAAUUCCUGUCCAUUGGAACUACUUGAAGGUUGAUAGGGUUUUGUCCCGUCAUUUUUUUUUGUUGGUUUAAUUACAUUUUAUAGCUCGGAUGGUUUAU